AUGUCUCCUAGUCAGAACGAGCCCAUCGCCGUGGUGGGCAGCGCGUGCCGCUUCGCCGGAGACGCCAGCUCGCCAUCGAAAUUAUGGGAUGUCUUGCGUGAGCCGCAAGACCACCUGCAGGAGAUCCCAGACAGCCGGUUCAGCACGAGGGGACACUACCACACCGACGGGUCGUAUCACGGCCACGCGAACGUGAAGAACGCUUACCUCAUCGACGACAACCUCAGCGCGUUCGAUGCCGAGUUCUUUGGGGUCAAGCCCGUAGAGGCGAAAGCCAUGGACCCCCAACAGCGGUUGCUGAUGGAGGUUGCCUACGAGGGUCUUGAAUCGGCCGGCAUGGCGAUGGAAGAUCUCAAGGGCAGCGAUACGGGCGUCUACGUAGGCGUGAUGUUUAACGACUACGCCUGCAUGCUGCUCCGUGACCUGCAAGAAAUACCUACCUAUUACGCCACGGGAACCGGUCAAAGUAUUCUAUCCAACCGCAUAUCCUACUUCUUUGACUGGCAUGGCGCGUCAAUUACUAUUGAUACAGCCUGCUCAUCCUCUAUGGUGGCUGUCCACAUGGCCGUCCAAGCCCUUCGAUCCGGGGAUUCCCGGAUGGCUCUGGCCUGCGGCUCGAACCUGAUCCUCGACCCCAUGAACUUCAUCAUUGAGAGCAAGCUGAAAAUGCUGUCGCCCGAUGGUCGUAGUCGUAUGUGGGAUCAGGGUGCCAAUGGCUACGCCCGUGGUGAAGGUGUUGCUACGGUUGUGUUGAAAACGCUCAGCGCGGCGCUAGAGGACGGCGACCACAUCGAAUGUAUCAUCCGAGACAUUGCUCUCAAUCAAGACGGUGCCACGGGCGGCAUCACCAUGCCCAGUCCGACUGCCCAAGCUGCCCUCAUUCGCAGCACUUACGCGAAGGCUGGCUUGGACCUCUCCAAGCCGCAGGAUCGCCCGCAAUACUUCGAGGCGCACGGCACCGGUACACCCGCUGGAGACCCUACCGAGGCUGAGGCUGUGUAUAAUGCAUUCUACGGGUCUCUCAACGGUGGGCUGGAGCUUAGCAACGGUAACCCGCUGUACGUGGGAUCCAUCAAGACCGUACUUGGGCACACUGAAGGCACCGCCGGUGUUGCCGCCAUCCUUAAGGCGUCGCUCGCUCUCCAGCACGGCGUCGUCCCCCCGAAUCUCCUAUUCGAGAAGCUUAGUGACCGUGUGGCACCUUUCUACAAGAACCUCGAAAUCCCCACCGCGUCUAGGGCGUGGCCCGCUGUCGAAGGAGCUCCCAGGCGAGCGAGCGUAAACUCGUUCGGCUUUGGCGGCGCUAACGCCCACGCCAUCCUCGAGAGCUACGACAACAAGGCCGGCGGGAAGCCGGCGGGCGACGCCGUCGUGUUCUCCCCGUUCGUGUUUUCUGCCCUCUCCGAGGCUGCGCUCCGGGGUAAUCUCUCGGCCUACGCCGCCUUCCUCGAGGGCGGCCGUCCGGAUAUCGACGCGCGCGAUCUCGCGUGGACUCUGCGCGGGCGCAGGUCUACGUUGGCUCGCCGCAUCGCAUUCAACGCCUCUUCCAUUGCAGAGCUGCAGCAGCAGAUCACCGCCAAGCUCUCCCAGACCGACGGCGGCUUCGGCGUAAGCGCCCUCAAGACGCGAACCGCCCCUAAGCUUCUGGGUGUCUUCACCGGGCAGGGCGUCCAGUAUGCGCGCAUGGCUGCUGAGUUGGUAGAGAAGUCGGACUUCGCCCGGAAGAUCAUCGACGACCUGGAUUCUUACCUCGGCCAACUUCCCGAUGGCCCGGCCUGGUCUUUGAAGACCGAGCUUCUCGCGGCUGCUGACGCGUCCCGUGUCCACGAGGCUCUCCUUUCUCAGCCGCUGUGCACGGCGAUUCAAAUACUCUUGGUGGACCUACUUCAGCUGACUGGCGUCCAAUUUGAUGCCGUCGUCGGCCACUCCUCAGGUGAGAUCGCCGCCGCGUACGCCGCCGGGUACCUCAACGCCCGCGAUGCUAUAUACGUUGCCUACUACCGUGGUCUGCAUGUUCAAAAUUCCUCCAGCCCGAACGGAAAGGACAUAAAGGGUGCUAUGGUGGCUGUUGGAAGCUCUAGGGAAGAUAUGGAAGAGCUCUGCGCGGAUGAAGUCUUUGCCGGCCGCAUUGCUGUUGCGGCUAGCAAUUCUCCCUCGAGCAUCACUGUCUCCGGAGAUGCAGAUGCAAUCGACGAGCUCCAGGUGAUUCUCAACGAGGAGCAAAAGUUCAACCGCCGCCUUCGGGUUGACAAAGCCUACCAUUCUAGGCACAUGCUUCCCUGCUACGAGCCGUACGUGGCGUCUCUUCGCAGCGCCGGUGUCAAGGUCCAAGUGCCCCAUGGCAAGACGACAUGGUUCUCGAGCGUACACGACCGCUCCGUCGACUCGAGCAUGGACCUGGCCGGCAACUACUGGGCUGAUAACAUGACGCGUCCUGUGCUGUUCUGCGAGGCACUCACCACGGCCUUGGCUGCCGGCCCCUACGACCUGGCUCUCGAAGUGGGAGCCCAUCCCGCUCUCAAGGGACCGGCCGCUCAGACCAUUCAGCAAGUAUCUGAGAAGGAUAUCCCCUACCAGGGUACUCUUGAGCGUGGCACCAGUGCCGUAUCCGCGAUGUCGGCGGCGCUCGGUUUCCUCUGGUCGUACCUAGAUAAGAGCCAGUUCCGCCUCGACCGGUACGAGUCUGCCUUGGCUGGGGAGCGUCAAUUCACUCUGGUUAAGGGACUGCCUACUUACAGCUGGAACCACGACACCAAAUACUGGCACGAGUCCCGCAGCUCGCGCAAGCUGCGUCUCAGACAAAGGCCGGUGCACUCCCUGCUGGGUGAUGAGUCGCCAGAGAGCGCUCCUCACCACCUGAUCUGGAAGAAUCUGCUGCGUGUCAACGAGAUGGAGUGGCUUGACGGCCAUCAGGUUCAAGGCCAGGUUGUCUUCCCGGCAGCCGGCUAUAUAGCAUCCGCAAUGGAGGCCUCGCGGUUCUUGGCCGAGAACGUGAGCAAGACAAUUCGUCUGAUUGAACUUCGAAACUUCACUAUUCACAACGCCGUCUUCUUCGAUGCCGACGAUUCUGGCAUCGAAGUUUCCAUCCAAAUGGCCGAAAUUACCGAGAAGGCGGAUCGUAUCCGCGCCAAGUUCACAUACUCCGCCGCCCUGGACACCUCUGCUCGAGACUCCCUCACGUUAGCUGCCAGCGGCGAUGUCGAGAUCACAUUGGGAGAGGCCUCCACAACGUUACUCCCCGUACGAAAGGCUGCUCUUACCCACGUUAUCGACGUUGAGCCCGAGCGGUUUUACCAGGCCCUGGCCGACCUCGGUUACAACUUCAGUGGCCGUUUCAAGUCCCUCUCGUCUCUUCAGCGGAAGCACUACCGUGCUACGUGCGUGGCCAAGAUGCGACCCCUUGAACAGGGUGAGGAUGCUAUGUACAUACAUCCCGCUGAACUUGACUCCAUUCUCCAGUCCAUCAUUCUCGCAUACAGCUACCCUUACGAUGAGCAACUGCGAACCCUACAUCUUCCAACGAGCAUCUCACACAUCCGCAUCAACCCGGCCCUGCUAGGCACGUCUGACAGGACCGAGGCAGAAUUCCUGGCGCUUGACUCGGCCAUUGCACCAAGGAAGCCUGGGCAGAGGGGUAUCACCGGCCACGUUGAUCUCUAUUCCAACAAGGGUAACAACGCGGCUAUCCAGAUCCAGGGUGCUAAUUUCAUGCCUCUUGGUGGUUCCGCUGCCGAGGAAGAUAGGAGAGUCUUUUCGAAGAUCCAUUGGGUCAAUGCACGGCCUAAUGGGUUGGAAGCUGGGAAGGAUAUCCCCCUGACCGAGAGUCACGUCGGCAUCGUCUGUCUGCUAGAACGGAUAGCUACCUGGUACCUCAGGAAGUUCCAUAGGGAGACGCCUGCCGAUCACCCCCUGAGAGACGAGUUCACCAUCAAGUGGUACCUCAACUACGCCCGCUACAUCAACGACAUGGUUGAGUCUGGCAAGCACAAGUGGGCGCAGAAGGAAUGGAUGAACGAUACCUUGGAGGAUAUCUUGGAGGCAAGCAAGCCGUGGAUGCACCUCCCCGAUGUCGAGAUCAUGCACCUCGUCGGUCGCGAGAUGCCGCGUGUUCUCGCCGGCGAGACUACAAUCCUGGAGCAGUUCCGUGCCACUGACAUCUUGGACCGCUACUACGCCAACGGUUUUGGGCUGCACGAGUCGGGCCAGUGGGUUAGCCGCACAGUGAAGCAGAUCACCGACCGGUACCCGCACAUGAACAUCCUCGAGGUGGGCGCCGGCACCGGUGGUGCGACCAAGGCCAUCUUCCGCGAGAUCGGCCAGAGCUUCCGCUCGUACACUUACACCGAUAUCUCAGCUGCCUUCUUCGAGAACGCCGCCGCCACCUUCUCUCAGCACAAGGACCGUAUGAUCUUCAAGACCUUCAACGCCGAGAACAGCCCCGAGGAGCAGGGCUUCGUCGAGGGUUCCUACGAUAUGGUCGUCGCUUUCUUCGUCAUCCACGCUACUAGCGAUCUCGAGCGCGCGCUGCGCCACAUCCGCCGCAUGCUGAAGCCUGGCGGCUUCCUUGUCGUCGGUGAAGGUCAGGAGGGUAUGAAUGGUGUUGCCAGCAGCGGUUUCAUCUUCGGCACUCUUCCCGGAUGGUGGCUCGGAACCAGCACGGGCCGUGAGAUCUCGCCCCACGUGUCGCCCCAGGAAUGGGACGCACUUCUCCGCAGGACCGGCUUUGCUGGCGUCGACACGCAUCCUCCCGACUCCUUCGAGGACGUCCUCAACGUGUUCCAUUUCGCCGCCCAGGCUGUCGACGAGCAAGUUGAAUUCUUCCGCGAGCCCCUUGUCGCGGACUGGCGUCCGGCUCCUAUUGAGAAACUGGUCAUCGUCGGUGGUCAGACAGACCGCAGUUCACACCUUGUCAGCGGACUCACGUCGAUCCUCUCCCGAGGGUUCGCUACCAACAUCCAUUCAUACAAGACUCUCUUGGAUGUGGACUACGAAAUCGUCGGCGAGAACUCUGUCGUCGUGAGCUUGAUCGAGCUUGACCAUCCGGUGUUCAAGGACAUCAAACCCGAUACCUUUGAAGCCUUUAAGAAGAUGUUCGAGUUUGGUAAGACGCUCCUUUGGGUCACAAGCGGCCGCCGGGAUGACGAGCCUUACUCCAACAUGACUGUUGGAUGGGGACGUGUCGCCGUGCACGAGGUCCCCGAGCUCCGUCUCCAGCAGCUAGAUAUCGCCGACCCCCAGAACACCAAGGCCGAAACUGUUGCCAAGAUUCUCCUGCAAUUCUAUGCGUCCGCGUCCAAGAAAGAGGACCUCCUCUGGACUGUCGAGCCUGAGGUCGUCAUCGACGCUGAGGAGCGCGAGCUGGUGGCUAGACUGCGCCCCGUUUCCGAACUCAACGACCGAUACAACUCGGCGCGUCACCCCAUCGUCCACCAGACCGAGAUUAAGGAGAACACCAAUGUCACCGUCCGGAUUGAUGAGAGCGACUGCGUGAUCCAGCAUCAGUCUGACUAUGAGUCCUUAGUCACGUCGAACAAGGGUGAGCUGCUUGAGCUCCGCGUGAAGCAUGCCGUCUUCUCUGCCCUGAAGACUCCUUUGGGCCAUAAGUUCCUCGUAAUUGGCGAGGAAAUCGGAAGUAAGAAGACUUACCUGGCUCUCGUCUCUUCUCUGGCAUCGAUUGCUAGGGUAUCGCCAAAGGCCGUCGUCCCAUACGAGCUGGAAAAUGCCUCCGGCGACGCCGUCCUUACCGCAGCAGCCGCCCAUCUUAUCUCUCUCGCUGCCGUUGACGCUCUCUGCAGUGGUCAAACACUGGUAGCUCACAACCUCCCCGCCGCGAUUGCGCAGGCUAUUGAGGCUCAAGCCUCCACUAAGGACGUCCGCGUAGUCUUCACGCCAGAUGCUAGUGACGAGAACACCCCCGAGUCGUGGAUCAAACUCCCAGCUUACCUGAGCCAGCCGGACGUUAGCGAGAUCCUGCUGGCUGAGCCAUCUGCCUUCAUCGGGCUCUCUAACGCCCCUUCUGACAACGAGGCUACCCUUCUCUCCAGCCUCCCCGACUAUUGCUUCAAGCUCACGGCUAAGACGCUCUACGCACGGUCCGGUUCCCCCAACGAUCGCAGCGAUGUCGCAGCCGUCAAGCUUGGUGAGCUCCUCAGCCGGGCAGUUGCAUUCGUUAAAAGUGCAGGUGUUGCGACUCCUACAUCCGACACCGUCGGUCUUGAUGCGCUGGCUACUGGUACGCGGCCUAGCGACCCCCUAGCUAUCAUUGACUGGCAGAAGGCUACCUCGGUCCCAGUCCACGCCAGCCGAUUGGACUCCCUCGGACAGUUGUUCAGGGGCGCUGAGGGCACCUACUGGAUUGUGGGAAUGUCUGGCGCGCUAGGCAUCUCGCUCUGCGACUGGAUGGUAAGCGCCGGAGCCAGAAACGUGGUCCUGACGACAAGAAACCCGAAGGUCGACCCCGAAUGGAUCGCUGCCCACAAACGCAAGGGAGCCACUAUCGCAAUUGUUCCCUGCGACGCCAGGAACGAGGAGGCCCUGAAAGCGGCCCACCGGAAGAUCCACGAGACUCUUCCCCCUAUUGUCGGUGUGAUGAACGGCGCGAUGGUGCUGCGCGACGUUGCUAUCCGCAACAUGUCGUUUGGCGAACUUACCGACGUGACCGGACCCAAGGUUGAUGGAAGUAUUUUCGUGGAGCGCAUCUUCCGCGACAUCGAUUUGGAUUUCUUCGUCCUCGUCUCUUCUAUUAAUUGCGUUAUCGGCAACUUAGGUCAGGCCAACUAUGCCGCUGCUAACAUGUACAUGUGCAGUCUCGCAGCCCAGCGAAGGAAGCGCGGUCUUCGCGCUGCCACCGUUAAUGCCGGCGCCAUCAUGGGUGCUGGGUAUAUGGAGCGCGAGUCCCGCCGGGCGCUCGACCUGAUCGUCCAGAAGCUUCACAUGAUGCGCAUGUCAGAAGAAGACUGGAACCAGGCGCUCUGCGAAGCUAUCGACGCCAGCAGACUUGAGUCUCCCUACGGACCGGAAAUCACCACCGGUCUCUCCGACGUACCCUUCGACACCACCAGCGCCCCUUACUGGUUCUUGAACCCCAUGUUCUCCUCCUUCAUCGUCCAACAGAAGGCGAACGCCGUACUGAAAAACGCAGAUAAGAACACCAAGUCUAUCCAGGAUCACCUAGCUGCUUGCCAGUCGCGAAAUGACGUCCACGAGGUCGUCAAACACGCCUUCGCGACGCAGCUCCGCAACGUUCUGCAGAUGCAGACCUCAGACGACGAGCUGAUGGCGUCGCGUAGCAGCGAGAUUGGCCUAGACUCCCUCGUCUCCGUCGACAUCCGGUCGUGGUUCCUCAAGAACCUGCAAGUCAACAUCCCUGUCCUCAAGAUCAUGGGCAACGACACCAUGGCCAACAUGGUCCAGCUCGCGGUGGACAGCAUCCCCGCCGACCUGCUGCCGCUGCUCGCGGGCGGCGAGGACAGCACGUCGGAGAGCGCCGACGCGACCAGCGACGACCGCAGCGUGCGCGACAUGAGCGGUAUCACCACGCCGAUGACUGAGAUAGUGCCGACGCCGGCGGGCGAGCCGGCCGGCUCAGACCACCGCAAGGCUGGCGAGGGCGGCAUCCUCCGCGCUACGAACGAGAACGGCCGGAUCGACUGGGAGGCCGAGGCGCGCCCCCCGGCGGACCUGGAUUCGAUCGCGCAGAUCCGGGACGCGCCGCCGACCUUCCCGCCCAACGUCAUCGUGCUCACGGGCGCGACCGGGCUCCUGGGCCACCACCUGGUCGAGUACCUGCUCGAGCGGACGGGCGCGCGCAAGAUCCACUGCGUGGCGAUCCGCAAGCUGGCGGCGCGGCUGGCCAAGGGCGAGCUGGCGCAGCCGACGAACCCGCGCGUGCAGUACCACGAAGGCGACCUGCUGCAGCCGCUGCUCGGGCUCGAGGCCGGUGCGGCGGCGGAGAUCUUCGCGGCGGCCGACCUGGUGAUCCACAACGGCGCCGACACGUCGCACCUCAAGUACUUCGCGGACCUGCGGGCGGCCAACGUGGGGUCGACGCAGACGCUGGUGCGGCUGUGCCUGCCGCGGCGCAUCCCGGUGCACUACGUGUCGUCGGCGGGGCUCGCGGUGCUGUACAACCAGGCGAGCUUCCCGGAGGUCAACGUGACGCGGGCGCCGGGGGCGUCGCAGCCGGCGGCGGACGGGACGUUCGGGUACAUGUGCUCGAAGUGGACGAACGAGCGGCUGCUGGAGCAGGUGCACGCGCGGUACGGGCUGCCGGUGUGCAUCCACCGGCCGUCGACGAUCCUGCGGGAGGGCGCGGACGCGGAGGGCGACCGGGCGAUGCUGGAUUGGGUGAACGCGCUGCUGCACUGGUCGCGGGCGAUCCGGGCGGCGCCACGCAUCGAGCACAACCGCGGCGCGCUGGACCUGGUGCGGGUGUCGACGGCGUGCGAGAGCAUCCUGCACCACGUGCUGGACGGCAGCGAGCGCGCGCGGCGCGAGGUCACGUACGUGCACCAGGUGGGCGACAUCGUGGUGCCGAUGAAGGACCUGCGCCAGUUCGGCGAGCAGACGGGCGACGGCCGCCCCUUCGAGGUGCUGCCGUUCGCGCGCUGGCUCGAGAAGGCGGUCGCCGCCGGCCUGCACCCCGCGGUCGGCGCGCUGAUCGAGAUGAUGGACUCGCCGCAGGCCCCGGAUUACCCGCGGCUGGUCAAGGCUCCGCUGGCCAAGGCGUGA